AUGUACCCUGAUACCGCCACUGGAAAGUGUAAACCAUGCGAUUCUUUGUGUGGUGGUAGUUGCGACACAACAAAUGGAAUAUGCACAAAUUGUGUUUCUGGUACAGUUUUUAGUGAACCAAAAAGUAAUAAAUGUGUUGAUUGUUCAUCAUUCGAUGCAAACUGUGUUGAGUGUGCAUUAAAUGGAGAGAGAAAAUGUGUUAAAUGUCGAGAAAAUAGUGGGUUUUAUUUAUUAAAUGGAAAUUGUGUUGCUUGUGAUUCAACUUGCAAACCAAAUACAUGUGACUCGACAUCUGGAUUUUGUUCACAAUGUUUGGUAAAUUACACAAUAACAUUUCCAAUUUCUAAAGUCUGUGUGAAAUGCUCCGAAUUCGACUCAUAUUGUUCAAAAUGUGUAUUAGAUUAUACAAGAAAAUGUGAAUUAUGUUCAAUUGGUAAAUAUCCGAAAUUAUCAGAAAACUACAAGUGUGGAAAUUGCGACCCAACAUGUGGAGGACAAUGCAACGGCUCAACAGAUGUGUGUACUGGUUGUUCGUCAAAUUACGUCUUUUCAACAGCAAAUGGUUUGGUGUGUGAUUCGUGUUCAUCUUUUGAUUCAAAUUGUCUGACGUGUGACUCAACAUAUCAGAGAAAAUGCAGUGUAUGUCGAACAAGUGGGACGUAUCCAAGCGAGUCGACAUACAAAUGCAUCUCAUGUGAUAGGACAUGCAAUGGAAACUGUGAUCAAACAACGGGCAAGUGCACUGGUUGUAUCAACAAUUACGUGUUUGAAGCAACUAAGAGUCGCGUGUGUGUUGCUUGCAAAUCGUUUGAUCAGUAUUGCAAGAUGUGUUCGUCCAAUUACAACAGAAAAUGUGUUGAGUGUGAAAGUGGAUUCUAUCCAAAUGCAAAGUGGCGUCUGUGUGUCAUGUGA